ACCUCUUAUCACGAGCACAUAGAAUAGCAUCCUUUUUGUGAGCGUUCACAUUGGCUCCCUUCAAACGACACAUAAGCAGAAGUGAACUGCAGUAGGCCUAAUAGGCCUAGAUCUAGAUCUAGCACUUUUUAAUUAAACAAUUUUAGUGUGGUAUAGCAAAGUAUUGGCAAAUUUAAAAAAUAAAUAUAUUUGUGCGACUAUCGUUUGACCACUGUUUGAAUAACAGCCGAAAUAAAAUUUGGCUUCAAACAUGCGGCAAACAAAACGUGAAUUCGUCCAUUUUUUCCUAGCCUGCUUCAUCUGUGGGAUGGUUAACUCUUCUCUCUCUCUGAACAUCAACUUCACCAUCACCGAGCCCGCUAACAGCGACGACUGCGCCCAGCUAAAGUGUACGGUGGCUGCCGACGAUGUGUUAUCCAUCAAAAUCUUCAGGGACGGGCGCAGAGACAACCCCCUCGCGUUAAUAGACACCUCGAAAAAGGAGAAAGUCAACGUCAUCAACGAGCCUUGCCUGUCUGUCGUUAAUGAAAAGGGAUCUCUGAACGAGUCGUAUGGAGUGGUGACGAUACGCUUGCGAGACAACAGUACAAAUAAAAAAGUUUGUGAGGGUAUAUACCACUGCUGGAUACAGUUGGAGUCAAACCAAGAAGACUCACGGUCACUGGUUGUAUCGCCCAACGCAAAACAAUUGGCAGAGGAAAUAAAAAGUAUAAUUCUUCCAGAUAUACUAAAUGAAAUUAAAAAUAAAGUCAAGGAAGUCUUGGAGGGUUUUAGCGAGAGUAUAAAAUCAGUGAAUACAAGUCUAACCAAGAAAAUGGACGCGACAGUGCAAGAUGUUCUCAAGGAAAAUGACAAGCUUGCGAAAAGUUUUAACGCGGCCGUACUAGAUCACACAGGUGUUUGCAGCACAUCGGCGAAGCAGUCAGGGGAAAAGUGUGAGAGAGGUUUGGUCAGCGUCGUUGGCAACAUAACAGCUAGGUUGGAGAGUAUGAGCACGGCCUCGGAAGACACAGCUCGCGAUGCUAAAAAUAGUAUCGGAAAUCUCGCUGGCAAAGUGGAAACUUAUCUGAAUGAAAUAAACAAACAAGAGAGUAACAUUAUUCUUACAGCGACCUGUUCCAAAUUUUGGUUCCCAUGCGACGAGUCCACCAACAGUCCGAAGAAAAUCGACUUUGAACCCAGAACGAAACACACCUCCGUCAACAACACAGUCGUCUUGUGUGACGCUCAGACUGAUGGCGGUCGUUGGACUGUCAUUCAGCGCCGAACCUCCGAAGGCCUCGACAUGAACAGGACAUGGGAGGAGUACAGAGACGGGUUUGGAGAUGUGAGCGGAGACUUUUGGUUGGGCAACCAGAAAAUACACCUGGCAACCUCACAGGUACAACACGAACUGAUGGUUGUGCUGAGGCUUGAGGACACGAAUUACUACGCCAAGUACGCCUACUUCAAACUGCUAGACGAGAGCAACGAUUUUACUUUGGAUAUCGCUGGACAUUCUGGCACGGCAGGGGACUCUCUGCUGUACCAUAAAGGGAUGCCCUUUAGCACUUGGGACCGCGACAAUGAUAAGUCGAAUAUAAACUGUGCCGAGGACUGCGGCGGUGGAUGGUGGUUCAAAAGCUGCAAGGUGUCAAACUUGAACGAGAAGUGGCCAGAUAUGCAAUGGCUUGCUCUGAUCAAAGACAAAGAAAAAUUGCCGGACCUUAAAAUAAAAAUGACCGAGAUGAAGAUACGACCAAAGCAAUAGAGUUUACACAACGAUUGCUUUCUAUAACUGUGUUUACGUAUUAUUAACACAGUUUUUUAAUUUUUUAAGCGAUAAAAAUUCGAAAAUAGUUCAAACAUUGUGUGCUACAAACAAUCGUAAUCUCAUUAUACACAACAUAAUUGAGAGAUUUUGACCAACAUAACUAACAUUUUAAACCUCUAAUUAUAUAGAUUUUAAAAAUUUAAACAAUUUAGCAAAAGUAAAAUUAGAGAAUUUGAAAGCCAGAGUUACCAAACAAAUCUAAAAUAAUAAUAAAAUGAAAACCACCUAUCCACGCCUAUGGCGAAUUUAAAUACUAGAAUCAUAAUGUGCAAUGUUUCCAUUUUGUAAAUCAAAUUUUAAUAAGAUCUUGUUCGAACAACGUUUUUAUUUUUGCUGGGAAAGACAAAGAAAAUUGGGGUUUAUUUUCUAAUUGUUAAAAUCGGAUUUUAAUGAUCUUAUGCGACCAACUUUAUUAUUUUUGCUGCUAUACCUUAAGAAUUUUUUAAUUAAUUUCCUUAUUUUUAUUGCAUUUUUAAGUUGUUUUUUUUAUUGCAUUCUUUUGCAUGCUUUAUUUUUCACUCUGAAAUAAUUCAUAAAUGAAGUCACGCUUUUUGUGACCAUUUUUAUUCACCCCACACCCAAUCGCCACACAUUGCCACAAAAAAGCCAUACACCCACAUAAAAAAACGUCGCACUCCAGCCUACAGUCCCCUCAUCAAAAUUGCAUUUUUAGUUUUUUCAAAACAUCGAUUUCUUUCUAAAAAUUAAUUUCUAAUCUUGGUCAACGCUGAGUAGCUAUUAAGUUAAACAAUGUAUAUUACUAUACAAAAAAGUCUCUUCAAAACGGCUAAAAAUCAGUUUUAACAUUAUUUUAUGAUGUGAUGUCCAGUGUUUCUUCCAGACUUUUUUGAUGCCUGGAAGAAACUCUAGUGAUGUUACACUUUCUGCACCCCAUUCACCUCGUCGUAAAAUUCCGAAUUCCCCCUCUUCCUUGGAGUGUGACGUCGUUUAUGGACGACACUUUAUGAAAUUUAGUUACUAAGCCGUCUAAUCAUUUAAUAAAUAUUUUGAAUUGUA